UCAGUGUCACGAUAGUAUUACGAUUUGGAUUUGGUCGCAUAGUGGAGCUCGUUCGGGUUAUCACCUUAUAUUAAUUUACACCUAUUAUUAAUCGUUGUUGUUAGUGCCGCAACUUUGCCUAAAAACGUAGUCGUUAAGAAAAAGUGAUUGUGGUUAGGUUUACAUUUAAGUGAGAUAAUCAAAGAUGGCAGAAGUAGGCUUCCCUGGGCAGCACACGACGACGACGACCGUCACGUCCAGCACAGCCGUCCAGACCAACAUACGGUUCGACCCUGCCUACAUCAAGACUGUACCGGGCAUACUGAAGAUUACUCAAGUUUUAUGCAGUCUCCUAGGCUUCAUCUGUAUACAAUGCUCUUGGUUGAGCAAUCGAGGCAAGGGUUCCUUCUUCAGCUGGAUUUCCAUGAUCGCGUUCUGGUUCACCGGUAUCUUGCUCGGCCUCUACCUGUUCCACAUCUUGGAGAAGUUCUACAAGAUACCCUGGCUGAAGAUUGAGUUUAUCUUCUGUGCGCUGUGGACCUUCUUCUAUUUGUUGGCCUCUAUUUUGGCGGCGACCGUCCAUGAUAACCCUCAUUCUGCUGCUGCGUUCUUCGGCUUCGUAGCAAUGAUCGCGUAUCUAAUAGACGCGUACCUCAAGUUCGUGGCAGUCCGCGCCGGCGGCCUCGCGCAGGGCACCCGCGUCGUCUCCAAGCAAACCACUUCCACGGUCGAGUCGCCUCCGCCUCGCGUCGGGUACUAGGUAAGCCUUACCUCAUACCCGAUACCUAGUACUGGUAAGGUAUGUAGGAUAUGUGGGGUGUAGGGGAGCUAGUCCUAAUGUUACAUGCUGGAUAAAAGGAAUUUAAAUGAGACUUUAUGUGAAUUUUAUAAUUUGAUAGGAUAGGGUUGGACAACCAGUUGAUUAAAGUGGUUGCAAUCAAUCCAUUGGAGAUACAUUUUAUUUUCUUAUCUUGCCCGAUCUAACUGGUUGGCCACCCUUAUCAAAGAAUAAUAUUAUGUCUUUUUGUGAAGUCGCUUAGUGUAAAGUAAAUUGCUCACACAGUUUAAGGAGUCCCCAAUCACGCCUGUAAAAAGUUAAAACGUCAAAAAGACAUUGGCACUGUAAAAUGCACUAAUGUUGCUCGCUUAGUGAUAGGAAUACGAUUUGUUAUAUUUAAAUAUAUUUGAGAGAAUUAAUCUUAAUGUUUAACUGUUUGUGUGUUGCCAGUAUUAAAAAAUAAAUUGAGUACACGGUUAAAAGUUACAAUUUGUGUGUUCUACUCAAAUCACAAAGGUGACAAUUUAAGCUCAAUAAUUUGCUCUUCUGGUCUACACGUUAGCUGUUUAAGUUUAAUAUUAAUUAAUAAGAUUAACCUUGAACAAAAUCAUGUACUUAACAAAUGUUUUAGUAAGUUUUUUACGUUAACUACAGCCAUUGUUAAUCAUCGAACUAAUUUAAUUAUAUAUUUUGUUUUAUUCUGCAGUAUUCAGAGUUUAUAUCAACAUUUAUAUACUAACUUAUUUAUUGAUCCUCAUGUGCUAUCAUAACCCCAUUUAAUUGUUUUAAUAUUUUGUUAUGGCAACAAAAUUGGGGUGUAUAACGGUUUAACCAAAGAAUAAUGUACCUACAGGGUGUGAUGGCUCAAAAGUUGAUCUGAUUGGAAAGUAAUCAUGACAGUUCACAAAAUAUAUUCUUGUAUUUUAGAAAUUGACGGACAAGUCAUUAUUAUGAGCAUGUGUGACAUAUAAAAUUAAAAAUAUUGUAGUUAUAGCACUACACGAUAUUUAUAUAAAUUACAGUUUUUAACUUUAUACGCCUUCUUAGAGCCUUAACACUGUGCCUUGUGUUCAUAAGAAUUUGACAAUUUGUAUUAAAAAGCUUAGAUUUAAAGUAUAUCUAUAUAUAUAUAUAUAAUGUAAGCACUGUAUUUUUCUAAUUACAGUAUUUUUUAACGCCGAUAAAGUUUUAUGAGACCAAUUUUUUCCUUUUAAUAUUGCCAUUUUUAAGAUAAAUUAAAUUAAACAAUUUCUUUUAUAUGCAAUAACUUACAUACAUCCAGGACAACUUUUUUUUGCAUAGUAUUGUACAGUUUAAAUAUAUUUUUAACUGACUAGGUUAGUUUACGUUAUAAUUAACCACCGCGUUAAAUAUUAAUUUCCCAAUCAGGUACAUAUGUAUGCUGUUUGUUGAAACAUGUUUGCUUUUAUUAAGAUAAGAUAAUUUUGAAAAAAAAAAUUGCUUUUUUUUAAACACGAGCCGAUUAUACAAACGCAAUUGAAUUUGUUGUUAAAAAUAAAUAAUCUAGAUUAUUAAUUUCAGUUAAUAUUUGCAGUUUAACAGCCAGUUUCAUUUCAUUUCAUCAAAAGUUAAAGCCAAAGUAAAAGUCAAAGUAAUGUCUAAAGUAAAAGUAACGGUCAAAUUCAAUUUUUCUAUUAGUUUUGCUGUCACUUUAGCCCUGAAAAAACGUAUUUGACCGUUACUUUUACUUUAGACAUUACUUUAACUUUAACUUUUGAUGAAGAAACUGGCCGUAAGAAGUUAUUAAGAAAUACAAUUGUAAAAGUUUGAAAAUGAAUUUAUUAUAUGAUUUAAUAUUUAACCUAAUGUAUUAAUUGUUGGUUAAGAGUUAGGUUAUUGACCACACAAGCACCUUUGCAAUUUUAUAAAGUAUUUUGGGAGUAUUUAACAUGUAAAAUGCCUUAUUAAAUAAGAACUAAGUAGAGUGAUAGAAUAAGUUAAUUUCCUAUACAGCUUUCCUAUUUUAUGUAUUUUUUAAAACUUCAAGUGAAGGUGGCUUACAAAUUAUUUUUCGAUGCAUUAAACACUAAGUUUAUUUUGCUUUUAAUAUUUUUACUAAUAAUUACGGCAGAUUUCUAUUAUUGCAAUUUUUGUUCCUAUUUUAUACAAUUUUGUAAAAAAAUGCUGAUUUAUAUAAAACUAUUUCAACAUUAUUUAUUUGUGAAUGUGGAUUAUCAUACUUAAUUCCUCUAUUUGCUAACUUUCAUGCUGCUCAAAGUAUCUAGUUUUUUUCUACUUUAAUCUAUAACAGCAUUUUAUAUUUUUGAAGUCGAGUUAAAGGCUGUAUUUCUAACGUCUAUGCAUUUCGGUAACUAUUUCUAAUUCAAUGCUUUUCUACUAAAUGUUAUAUUUUUAGAUGUUAUUGUAUGUAUUCACAGUAAAAAGGUGCCUUACAGAAUUCCACGUAUUUUUCUAUAUGUAUUACUUAACAUAUCAGCAUUAUAAACCAAAUGAUACAAUGUAGAAGUGACAUUCAUAAAAAUAUUAUUUUAAAUUUUUGAGAACUUAGAUUUUAUAAGUUUAUUUUUAUCUAUGGUGCUUUUAACUCUUUUUUAUGACAUUCUCUCUGAUUUUUAUUUGUUAUACGACUUUCAUGGUCACUUCUAAUUUGUGUCAUGCACAAUAUUAUUUGUACACUGUGUAUUAAAAUUUUUACUUUAUUGAAAUCUUAUCAAUCAAUGUUACUAAAUAAAUGUAUUUGAAAAUUAUACGACAUUGUAUAGAAAUUAAAACGUGUUAAUUAUA